CGUUUGCGUUUUCUCUUCCGGUCUUCCUAACCAGCAUGGCGAACUUAGAGCAUGCUGAAGACGACCCUAAACAUGUGAAAAUGUCUGCUGAAAUCACUGCCGCUACUCCCCAAGUCCAGCCGGCUGAAGCGUCCUCUGGACCGGACAUAGACACCGGGGUGAUCCCGUGCUCCAUCCCGUCGUUCGCGGCCGCCUCCGAGCUGCUGUCAGCCCCGUACUCGUGUCUGGUUCUGAACACACACCGGAGACACAUCACUCUGCCCCCCAUGUAUCUGAACAAGAAGAAGACAGGUAUUAAAGAGGAGCUGGAGGCCGAGCUGCUCAGAUUCUCCCAGAGGUAACAACAACAACUCCACUACGUCUGUGUUUACUUGGUCAGCUGUGCAAUAACAUCUCUGUUGGACUGAGUGUGUUUUUAGUCUUUCACCUUCAUUGCUAUGCUAUUUAUGCAAGGUUCUGUGUUGGCAGGUGUGCCUGAAGUACCUAAAUCAUGUAUUUGAUUAUAGGAACAGGAGCUUUAUAUGAAUUUGCACAUUUGAUUUGACCAUGUGCUUCUAAGCUUUGCUGUUUUGACUCUUGCAGUUUAGCAGGAGUACCCAUGGCGUAUGAUGACAUCAGGAUAGUUGGGCACCAUGGGAACAUCUACGACGACAGCGGCUACAUACACAUGGACAUAGAGGCCAGCUUCAUUGUCUUCCAGCCCACGAAGGGACAACGACUGGUGGUAAAUAUUACACGGGCGACACAAUACUGUCAAACACCAGCUGGGAAAACAUCUGUCAAACUCUGACCUUUGGCUUGGCUUUACUUCUUCUUUUUUUUUUGUGAAGACCUCUUUGUUGAGGCACAGCGAAUGCAGCAACAUACGUAACAUUUUUUUAAACAUAAUACCCCCCACCCACCUCCCACCCCCCUGGCAGCAUCCCUCCCUCCCCUCCCUGGUCUCCCCUGGACCAGUCAAUCAUCUAUUGUCAACAGUACAUUGUAGUGAGUGGUGUCCCUCUGUUCACAACCCAAAAAGUUUAUCCUUUACCUGUGCAGCUGCACCUAACCACGUCUCCAAAGUGGAGGCUUAUUAAUCCGUGCAGUUGACAUCUCAAGUAACACUAUCAUGAAAAUAAAUCAACCAUUUCCUAGUACUAAGAUCAUGAGGUGGUAGCCGUCUUUCCACUAGGAGUUUUUUUGGCAGCUGUGAGGCCGCUCAGCAAUAGUUUACGCUAUUUCUUACUUAGAUGUAUUUGAGAGUCAUCAUUUAGAAGUAAAACUGGAUUGCAUGUUAUAGCACUACCUAGUAAUGCAGACAAGAACUUUACUUUGUUUUUAAUCUGCCUGUUCUCAGGGUAAGGUGAAUAAACUUGGAGUUAGUCAUGUCGGCUGUCUCGUCCACGGCUGCUUCAACGCCAGCAUCCCCAAACCCAGCCUGGUUACCAUGGAGACAUGGAGGGAUGCAGGGCCCAGAAUCGGAUCGGAUUUGGAGUUUGAGGUGAUUGCGCUCGAUGCGGACAUUUUUGGGGUGCUGCUGAUCAGAGGACGACUGGAUAGGACGAAGUAAGUGCUGUGAGAUAAGGCCUUGUUGUUUCAAAGUAUUUUCUGUUACCCCAACUUAAUUGACCAAAGUUGGGUUAAAUGCUUCCAUUUUUCUAAAUAACUUUAAAUUUGCUUCUAAAGCAGAAUAACAAGAGUUCGUUUGCAUCAGUGUUUGAUUUGUGUCAGUUUUGCUGACGUUAGACUGUCAAAUAUGUCAUUCAUGAUUAAUAUUUUAGCAAGAAAUUGUGAAAACUGCUUUUGCUUCAGCGGCUCGGCUCGCAUUUACCCCUUCGCACCAACUUCUGUUUUUUAAAUAUUCAAUAUUAAAAUCCUAAGUCUUGUCCCUUAUGGUCUUUUGUGCUUUGAUAAAGCACUUCUAUCAAUUUUUGUGUAUUACAUAAAUAUAAAACUCCCCACAGGCGCUUUAAUAAUAGUUAAUAUUAGAAGCAAUUUCAAUAUUACUUACUUGUAAAAUUCAGCAGCAUCAACAUUGUAUUAAUUUCCUUAAAACAGUUUUUAAAAGUCUUAAAUUUGAUUUCUGAAAGGGUUUAGGAGUUUUCUCCUUGUCAAAAAAAAAAAACUCUAUAGCAAGAGCCACAUUUUUAUAACAGUAAUCAAUGGUGCUAACAGGAAAUGCUAUUAACAUAGAUAACCUCAGUGUGCUGUGAACACUGAUAAAUCACUUUAUUUAUAUCUCAGGGUGCAAGAGCUUCUGGCAAAGAGUGAGGGCUUAGAGUCCAACACAACUACAGAUCAACCAGAGCCACCAGAAACAGAACCAAAGACAGAACCUGCAGAGGAAGAGGAGUCUUCUGCUGAUGUCCCUAAGAAAAAGAAGAAGAAGAAGAAGAGGAAAAUGAAAGAGGAGGAGGAAGAAGAAGAGAUCACAAGCCUCAACACACAACUGGAUGCCGACACGACACAAGAGCUGGACGGGACUCCGGAAGAAGCAAACGGUAAUGAAACAAGUGAGAAAAAGAAGAAGAAAAAGAAAAAGGACAAACGUGUAAAAGAGGAAGAAGAGGAGAUGGAUCUCUCUGCCAUGGAGGUGCAGGGUGGCAGUGACUCCAGCGGAUAUGUGAGCGACAAACCGAGUAAGAAGAGAAAACAUGAGGCAAGUACAGAAGUCACAACAAGUUUAAGUACCGAAUCACCAAAACCAAAGAAGAAGAGGAAAAGUGAAAUCGAGCAGUCUGCUUAAAAAAGUGAUACUCUGUGGUGAAAAACAGUUGAAUGACUGAAGAUUUUCCUUCAGUGCCUUAAGACACUCAGUUUAAAGCAAGAAAGUCUUCUGGGUGUUUUUACCAGUCCAGCAGAAGUCUCUCUCCUUCUCUUCAUAAAGUUUUCAGAAAAGCGCCUGAGAGGAAGAGGCCCUCUUAACAAUGCAGUUCCCUUAUACUGCCUGAAGGGGGCGCAAGACUUCUUCAGAUAUCCGCAAUGGGACAUGAAAACAAAGGAGGGAAACCUUGUCAAACUCGUGUGGAAAAACUGUGCUUAGGGUGGAUUAACAGAGGCAGGGAUUUUGCUCUGAAUUAAUGGAGCCAAACUAGAGAAAGUCAGUUGUAAUUGUUUAAAUCAACUCAAGUAUAUUUUGUCCUGUUUGGAUACUUAAACUCAGUGUGUCCCACAUGUGCCUCAAAUGAAAACAUCUGUCUUAAAUACUCCCUGUAAUGAAGGGACAGUUUUAUUUACGCCAGAUACUUGCUGCAUUAACUCAGUAACCAGUGCUGUUAGGAAAUAUUUGACCUGCUCCACUUUCGUACUCCAGUUAUGACAGUUUUCACUCAAGACUGUGACUCGUCUUCACCUGUAAACAAACAGAAAUGUUAAUUAAAUUCUUAGAUCCAAAUAAAAGAGUUCUAUAUUUUGAAAUGUUUGCUCUCACUCCUUUAUUUGAAGUACUCUAAAAUGUCGUAUUUGAAAGGAAAAACUUAAAUCAUGGGAAUUUUAAGUGUUUAGUUGUGACGCAAUUACAUUCUUUUUAAUUAGGGAUAUUAGAUUUUAGCUGACCUGAUUUGCAAAUACUCCUGCCAAAUUUUCAUGACAAAUUCUACCUCAGAACGAGCUUCUUCAUACUGAGCAGUCGGUGUUAAGUGAUCAAGUGCUGAGAGACAGCCUAAAGAUCCUUGUGUUUUCUUUACCCCCCUCACACUCACACCUAAAUCCCCCUGCCUGUCCGCGGGGAGUCUCAUCCUCAGCUGUGAGGUGCUUAGAGUCUAAGAGCUUAUCAGGAGAAGACUGAUAAGAAGUUGCAAUUAACUCUGCUCAUCCUCCUCUGUCACACAUGAUCACAUACAUCUGUGCUGCUUAUUCAAAUCUAAUGAUCUUAUAAGAAAGUGGGGAAAGCUUGAAGGUUUGGCUAACACAUAGAUGGUUUACACCACUCUUACUAUUGUCACUAUGGAUGGUCAUACACCAGACUGGACCUGUCUGUAAACCUCUAUAGGAGUAACCAUCUCCUCUCUUUCUGGGUUCCUUUUCUAUAACCUUAUUGGCGUGGUGAUGGGAGCCAUCCUGGGGUCUGCCAUGGCUCCAAGAGGCCGCCACCUUUAAGCUGCCCGGUUCAGCUCCUAAAUUGUCAUGGGUGCAGAAGGGGUGUUAUGGCUUUAAAAAGGGGGUUCAGUAAAGCUAAGGCUACCCUAGCUACCUUAUGUGUUAUUUCAUGCGAAUAGAGGGCGUGUAACCAUGAUUUAAACCACAAUUAUUAAACAUGGCUCUUAAGGCACUGUUUCCAGGUCAGUCAGUUAGAGGAGGAACUGUGAGAAAAACAUGUUGUAUUUUGGCUUCACUUUUGUGCAGUAGGACGAGUUGGAGGCAUGUUGUCUAUCUUUAUAUUCAGUUAUUUAUUUAUUUUUUUAAUCUUUCAAAUAAAAAAUCAAGCAAAACUAAAAGUUCAAAAGGACUUCAAACAGUUCAGUGUCCUCCCGUGACCUCCAUCUGUCUUCAUCACACUUCUGCCCAACUUCAGCUCUUAUGUGUGCACCUCUCUCGCACCUGUGUCCCCCACUUCUCCUCCAGCACCACUCAUUUAUCUUGUCAAUCCUCCUAUCACUCCCUCGUGCUGCCUCCCUCUCUUCCUCCGUCCUGCUUUGCCUCCUCCUUCCUCUGCUUGUCUCUCUGAUUUAUAGGAGGCGGUGUGCAGUUCACACACAUUCCACUUCUGACAGUCCCCCCUCCUCUGCCUCCCCUUCCUCCUCCUCCUCCUUCUGCCAAUGGACUCUCAUAUCUCUGAAUGGUCGUUUAUCUUCAUGAUUCUGCAGAAGAGAAAAAGAAGAGCAGAAGAGAUGAGACAAUAGGAGUGUUGUUUUUGUUGAGCAGGCCAGACUUUCUUCUCAUACACCUCUGUCUUAAAAGUGUGUGUCUUUGUGUGUGUGUCUGUGUGAUUGCGUGUGUGCAAAUUGGCUGUCUCUCUAUCUUCUUUGUCAAACUUUCCAGGCCUCCUACAUGAAAGUUCCCCUGAAGUCUUUAUGGAGAACAAACGGCUCCCUGACGCAAUGCCUCAGGUUCAGGACACACACACUCACACACACAAGCCAUGCCACACACACCAUUCCUACAACCCUCAAUCCGCAAAUCUCCACCCGCGUCGGCCAGGCCUAAUUAGUCCUGUGGUCGGCACUCUGCUCUGUCCCAGAGCCCCAAAUGGCAGCAGGUCAUAAAAUCUUUAAGUGUUCCUGCAGUCAGAGCCCAGCAACUGUGGCCGUAUAUCGUCCAACGCUGCAGAGUUAUAUCAAAGCCCGUCUCUCCCGAGCUCACUGACAUCCAUGAAAUCCCUUUACAGCACUUUCAAAGGCAUUUCUGAAAGCUUUUUGGCACUUCUGCUCUGCAUCUCUGUUUUUAUGCUCCCUCAGGUGGUCAAAGAGCCCGCGCUCACUCAAAGUCAGACAGGUUUGAGCGUUAAACUCUUUCCCAGGAGAUCAAUGCUCACACACAUGCCAACACACACACACAUACACACACAGCGCUAACCCCAAAGGUAAACAUGCCUGUAGGCUUGUGACUUGGAGUCUCAUAGUUGGUUUCCAUGGCACCGACACCCCCGUCCCUCCUUUAAGUAACAGUUUUACUGCAGAACAUUCUGUGUUAUUUGUCUAAUCAAAGACACCCGUCAUCUAUAAGAUAGUUCAAGAACUCAUCAGCAAACAUGUAAAUGAUGUUUUUAAGCAAGAGUGAAAAGGAUUGUGUUACCUUCACUGGACCAUACCCUGAUGGCAGCCAUCUUGGUAUGAUGUCACACUCUGAUAUUUUUAUAAUGUGGCCGACACUGUGCUCUUGGUCAUCCUGACAAAUUAGGGUUGUUUUACGGCUACACAUUAAUAAUCAGUCCAGUUCAGUUUCACUUUGUGCUUUAUUUACAUGUGUUUCCAUAACCUGGAUGAAUCACAUGCUGAGUCAUGUGUCAGUCUUUAAUUUGUUUUUAACAUCCUCCAGUUAUAACUUGUCUGCAGCUAUAGAAAGUCAGCAGUGUUGAACUAUUGUUGAACAGAGGUUGGUUGCUUUGUCAAAAUGAUGUGAAUUAAAUACACAUUUUGAUAUGUUUGAGGAAGAGGUCAUGUUGCAUUACCCUAAACUGUGGUCCGAAUGUCACUGAAAGUCGAUUAAAAAUGCAUUUAAUCAUAAAAUAUGGAUAUAAAGCUCCUAUAAGGAGUUUUUUGGUUAUGAAAUAGACUGAAAUUCAUAUCGAUGCCUUUUCAUGAUACCCAAAAGCAUACAAGACCAUCAGCAAAAAGAUUGAUGUUUUUUGUUUUCUGAUUCUAAAUGCUUAAGACUUGAGUGAGAGGGUAGAUGUCAGCUGAGCAGCUAAAGAAACAGACAUGAUUUUUACAAUUUUUGCAUGAAAUAUUUACAACAAAUGUUAAUUUGACUGUUUAAAGUCUGCAGAAUUAGAUUUUUCAUCAAAAGCCAGUAAUCAAUCAUGUAGAUUAGAUGAUGAGUGAAUGCUGUUUUGACCACAGGGGGCACAAACAUAGAGACAGGGGCAUUAAACUGUAAAAACUCUUCCCCUUUGACUGUGUUUUUUUGUACCUGAUUCAGAGUGGAGAUUGUAUGUUCGGCCUGCUCAGCAAGAACAGUUUACUUAGAAAAACAGAAAGAUACAAAAAAGAUUUAUACUUCUCUCUGUAACUAAACAUGAUAAAUAUGAUCAGUUUUGUGUUUAAUUGCGUUACAUUUACAGUCAUUUUGUUUAAACCACCAUCCAUCAUCAAAUUUUUGCAUCCAUUAGUCAUUUAGUUAAGAGACAAAACCCUGAAAAGAAUAGUUUGUCAUGUACUGCUUUAAUUAACGUGAUAUUUCAUCUCAUUUCAUUCCAUUUUUAUUGUGUGUGUGUGUGUGUGUGUGUGUGUGUGUGUGUGUGUGUGUGUGUGUGUGUGUGUGUGUGUGUGUGUGUGUGUGUGUGUGUGUGUGUGUGUGUCCUGCCCAGUCCAGUGAGAUUAAUAGGGCUCAGUUUAAUCAGGAGUUAACGGGAGGCUCACAGGCGUCUAGACAGUGUUCAGACCGAACCGUUACUCCUACACCCAGAGCUCAAGAAAAAAUGGCUGCUAGUGGACAAAUGAUAGAAAAACAUUAAUCUUAACUUUUUGCACCUAGUUUGAUAAUAAUAUUAUUCACAAACUAACCAUCCGAGGUCACAAAACUAACCAUGAAAGAAUGAGACCUUAUAAUGUGAGCAUGAAAUGUGAAAUCAGACAGACCAGGAACAACAAUCUGAGUUAAAAAGAAACUGGGUUCUUAUCACUCCCUGUUCCUUUAUUCGUAUAACUCAAGAGGACAGCAGAAAUGCAGGGAGGAGUAAUGAGUGGAGG